AUGCACACCUCCUCUCGCUCUCUCUUGCGAGAGCGCGUCAGAGCCGGGGGGCCUGUUCUGAUUCUGGGAGGACACCAAAAGUCACCCACCCUCUCUCCCCCACUUCUUCAGCUGCAUCACCCCUCUCUGUCUCUCUCUCUUCUGCGUCUGUUUGCAUCUGACCCCAUCCCCUCUCAUCCCCGUCCCCAGUCCUUUCUUCCCGACUGCCACUUGGCUUUCGCCAGCGUCUACACGGCCACCCGCUGCCAUCGGGGCUCGCGAUCCGCUCCAAAGCCCCACGCCAUGGCCAUCGACACGACCACCACAGAUUUCAAUGAUCGCAGGGCUGCCUCUGGGCUACCCUCGGAUUUGGAUCUCAACCUCUUUACAAGCUUGGACGAAACUCAAACCUUCGCGUCUUGCUGGGACCAACAACCGACAGCACUCAACGACACCAAGCCGGAUUACGGACAUUAUCCGCCUCACGAAUCGGCCGACCCAGCGUCCAUCGACCGCUUCACGCCGUGGGCCACCUCCCCGACGCUCCGAUCUUCUCACCUCGACAGCCAUGCGCACCACCAUCCACCCUGCCACAAUCAACUCCGCUUGCAAGGGCUGCACAGCGAAGAGCUGCAGGCCAUGCCUACGCGCUUGGCACCCGUGUCCUCCACAGCCGACACCUGUACCAGCACCCUGCCUGCGUACCCCAUGAGCGGAAGAGGUUGGGAUGAGCCCAUGUCCUCGAAUCAUCGCCUCGCGACUCACUCUUGGUCAAGCGCGACUGCCAGCUCGCUGCCAUCAGCACCUGCACGGAGUCAUCACGGCUCCUCGAACAUGGUGAGCGCCACCAGCCACGGCAGCUCCUACGAACGACCCUGGUCUGGCCUCGCGUCGGCCCAUGUGAUGGACACCACUCCGGCCCCGGCCGCCCAGCGUGAGGAUUGGCACCACGGGGGCAGUUUCGUGCUGUCCGAGCCUUUACCGACGUCAAAUCAGUCUCAGGGCGACCGGUCGUCGUCCAACUUCAAUGUCCCUGCCAGCAGCGCUGGCUCGAGCCAGGCUCCCAUUCUGGACGACCCUCUUAAUGACCUGCUUGAUGAGCUGUGGUGCCCCAUCCCCACGUCCACGGCCACUCCGCCAACCGCACCAACCAAGCUCCGCGGCACGACCACGACCACCACCUCGACCACGACCAAUGCUGACGCCUCACCAAAACCCACGUGCAUGAACGAGGCACCGGCACGCCCCCUCAGUCUGCCCUUUAAAACGGAACAAGAGGAUCUGGACGACCUCUUGUAUGCCAACCCCCAGCCUAGCUUGAGCCUCGAGCUCAACGCCCAACCCAUCACCAUGUACCCAGGCAUCCGAAUCAGUUCGGGCACAGUGCACCCUGCGACACGCAAGGUGGCGACUGAGGCCGAGCUCAUGGCGCUCGAUUUGGCGGAUCGUACCACGCGCACACGCAUCUUGGCGCGCCUUGCCGCUCGGCGACGUAAGCACCAACAGCGCCUGCGUCGCCGUGACCUUGACGUGCUCAUCUCACUGGCCUCGCAGCGUCAUGAGCAACUGACUUGGGCCCAUCGUCAACUCACCCAGCAGCGCGGCUUGCUGCUCGCUGCCGUGCGUGCCCAACGCGCUGCCGGUCGUCUUUAG